AUGAAGAUCAAGGCCCUCAGCCGCCCCGUGUCGGCUCAACAAGCAGCCGGCUCAGAUGUUACGAAGCAACCACGAAACCUCGAUUCCGCCCUCCAUCCUUUUGAGCGCGCACGCGAGUACCAGCGAGCCCUCAAUGCCGUCAAGCUCGAGCGAAUGCAUGCGCAGCCUUUUGUAGGCCAGCUGGGACGAGGCCAUGUGGACGGUGUCUAUUCUAUCGCCAAGGAUCCCAACUCUCUUGAGCACUUUGCAAGUGGUAGUGGUGACGGUGUGGUCAAGGUUUGGGACCUAGCCGAUAGAGACGAGAUAUGGCAUGCGACAGCUCAUGAGAAUAUCGUCAAGGGUCUAGAAUGGACCCGCGAUCAAAAGCUCUUGACUUGUGCAGCCGAUAAAACGAUCAAGCUGUUUGACCCUUAUAACACACCUAGCGAAGCGGCUCCUAUAUCAUCAUGGCUUGGAAACGGUGCCUUUACCAGCUUGUCGCACCAUCGCUCCAAGAACUCGUUUGCUGCUGCUUCCAGUGUGAUCAACAUUUACGAUCUCGAACGUCACACCGCUGCGCCUGAAAUUCUCAAGUGGCCUACAUCUAUCGACACCAUCACCGACGUUGCCUUCAACUACGUCGAGACCUCGAUCUUGGGAUCAUGCUCUAACGACCGCUCCAUCGUCAUUUACGACCUCCGCACAUCUACACCUGUCACAAAGACCGUCCUCAAGUUCGCCAGCAACCGCCUGUCUUGGUCCCCUAUGGAGGCUUUCAACCUGGCUGCUGCUUCUGAAGACCACAACAUCUACCUCUUCGACAUGCGCAAGUUUGACCGUGCUCUCAACGUUCUCAAGGAUCACGUCGCCGCCGUUAUGGAUGUCGAGUGGUCUCCCACAGGUGAAGAGCUUGUAUCCGCAUCUUGGGACCGAACAGUUCGUCUCUGGAACCGGGACCGCGGUCACUCGCGAGAUAUCUACCACACCAAGCGCAUGCAGCGUGUUACAGCAGCAAGCUGGACCCCUGAUGCGCGAUACAUUCUCUCUGGAUCUGACGAUGGUAACGUUCGACUCUGGCGCGCUAACGCCUCUCGUCGCGAAGGCGUCAAGUCUGCUCGUCAACGACAAGCCCUGGAGUACAAUGAAGCUCUUAUCGAGCGUUACCAGCACAUGCCUGAAGUUCGCCGCAUUCACCGUCACCGUCAUGUGCCUAAGGUCCUCAAGAAGGCCGGUGAGAUUAAGGCUGAGGAACUUAAGAGCAUUAAGCGCCGUGAGGAGAAUGAGCGUCGCCAUACUAAGAAGCAAUUCGAGAGACGCAGGGGAGAGAGAGAAAAGAUGAUUCUGGCGAGAGAGAAGUAA